AUGUCAAAUACUGAUCGAGGAGGAACAAUUCGAGAAUAUAUAGAUGCUCGUAAAAAAGCUAGCAUGAGCUGGGACGAAUUUCGUAAACUCAAAACAGAACAUGAUGGGCCACAAUUUUCAGAACAUGACCUUAUAAAAUAUAGACAGAAAUUAGACGAAGAAAGAGAGGCCAGAUUGAAAGGAUUUAAAGUGGGGGAGUCUAAUAAAAAAAAAAAUAAAAAACAUCACCAUCAUCAUCAUGGGAGUAAAAGAAAAAGGAGUGAAUCUAAAAGCCAUAGUGGAAAUGAAGGAAACAAUCGAAACCUUAAACAUAGUAAACAUUCCAAGUCAACAAGAAGCGUUAGUUUAGAUUCUCAAAGUUCAUCAAAACAUAAACAUAAAGUUCACGAAGAAGAUCAUACCGGAGGCACACCAGUGCGUCUAUCAGAAUUUCUUAAACAUGGAAGUAGUAGUUCUGAUGAGUAA